AUGGCCGAUAAUUUAGAUAAUGUGAGCAAAGCUGAACAAGAAAUCGAGCAGCAGACACAACAAACAAAUCAGGAUCAAGAUACCCCUGCUGCCGAAACACAACAAGAAAAUACGCCAACAAAUGAAGAAAAUAAUGACGAAAGCAAUGCCAACAGCAAUGAAAUCCAAGAGGAUAAUACACCUCAACCAACUCAAGAUGAAGCAACUUUAGAGCCUGGUAAUGGCGUCUCCGUAUCGGAUGAAACUCCGACAAUAUCUGAGAACAAUGAACAAAAUAGUCCUGGCGCAAGUGUUACAGGAGAUUCCAAUGAAGAGAUAGUAAAUCAAGUCAAUGGAGAACAUCCUAAUGUGCAGCCAGAAGAAGCGAAAACUACCGAGAACAAUGAACAAAAUAGCCCUGGCGCAAGUAUUACAGGAGAUUCCAAUGAAGAGAUAGUAAAUCAAGUCAAUGAAGAACAGCCUAAUGUGCAGCCAGAAGAAGCGAAAACUACUGAGAACAAGGAACAAAAUAGCCCCGGCGCAAGUGUUACAGGGGAUUCCAAUGAAGAGAUAGUAAAUCAAGUAAAUCAAGAACAGCCUAAUGUGCGUCCUGAAGAAGCGGAAACUACCGAAAACAUUCAAAAACAAGCUGAAUCGAUCGAUAAAGUGGACGAGCCAAACACAAAGCCAGAUCAAGAAAGCACGGCUACCGAAUCGAAUCAACAGAGCAAUGAAGAAAACAGCGAUCCUAAUACACCGAAAGAUACCGCAAUUACUAUUGAAGAAAUUCCCUACAUGUCUCCCGAUCUUGGCGAAAUCACACAGAAAUAUGGCAAUAUUCCUAGGGAUGAGCUACCACAAUAUGUUCCACCAGAAAAUAAUCCAGAAGUAAUGAAUUUGGAUAAAUUGAUGGGAGCUAUAGAAAGUGGCGAAACCGAGCUGGAAAGCACAGCUGAACCACCAACUCUAUUCGCUCGCCCAGAACUGCAAGAAAAUUACAAAAAAAUUAGUGAAUUAAAAACAAAAUUAAUUGAUGAAGAGUUUGAACCAUAUGUGGAUAAUUUCGAGCGAGAGGUACAAGAUGAUGUACUAAUGAUUGGCAAAGUGUCCCUUGAAGAAAUACAGGAAGAAGAGAUGAGACUUAAAGCUGAGCAUAUAGAGUAUCAACAACAACAGGCUACAAUGCAAAAGAAAUUACAAGAAGAAAUUCUAUUAAAAGAAGAAGGCGCAAAGAAGAAUGUCGUCAAAUAUAUUAAGGAAAAGCAAAAAUCUGUUCGAAAACGAGAGGCAGCCAAUUUGCAAAUGAAUCGUAUACAACAAGAUCAUUUACAUAAAUCAUUUAAGCGCGCUGAAAAUCAACUUAUGACUGCAUUAGAAAGACGCAAGGGUGAAGUUAAGACACUUUAUGGAGAUUUAAUUAUGGCUGAUAAUGCUUAUGGAGGUAGUAAAGGACGCCGUUGGAAAGUCGAUUGGGAUAAAACUCCCCAACCAAUCCAAGUUAAGGUUAAAUGUGUACGAGCUAUCAAAGACAAAUUACCUGUCGGGCGAUAUGUCGUUAUGGUAUCCAUGUAUGAUCGAUUAGGUGGCCAUGUUCUUCGUUGGUCAAACCUAAAAGGCCAACAAUGGGGUGGUGCAACGCUUCCAGUUUCUCAUGAUGGGAACUUCUUCAAUGUCGAUAUGAAGUUCAAUCAAAGCGUCUUCACGGUGUGUCCAUCGAAGCCCGAUGUACGCCCUGGUAUGAUAUUGGUCUUUGAGCUAUUCAUUCUCCGUGGUGAAGUAACACCAGUUGAUCGGGUUGUUGGAUGGGGAUGUUUCCCAAUCUGUGAUGCUAAAUUUAACAUUAUCGAAGGAAGGUAUAAGUGCCCCCUUAUCAGGGGUGACGUUGAUCCAAGUAUUGACAAACAUACCAAAAUUGAAGCCUUGUUAACUCACGACAUCGAUUAUUGGCUGGGUAACAUUUAUUUUGAAGUUAUCAAGCUACCAAGAUACUUGGCGGGCCAAAAGGAAUAUGAAGUAGAGUUACAAUUUAGUUCCAACAUGAUUGCUUUCCCUGACCGUACACGAGUUGUUGAAGAAACUAAAGACGGAGAAAAGCCUGUCUUUGGAUCUCGUGUUAACCUACAAACAGAUGGAGAGUCAAGACGAGAUAGUUUGAUAAGUGCUAUCUCUACUGGAUCUGAUAGCAAAGAUAAUAAAAAUGACCAAGCAGAUGAAAAGCGUGUCGGCAAAAUAGGUAAGAGUGGCUUCCAAACAGAUCCAACAUCUGUUGUAAUGUCAAGAAAAUUAUUGGAAGGCACAGCCAGUGAGAAAGAUGAUGACUCCGAUGACGAAAGUGAUAUAGAUGAAACCUUCAUGCAGAAUAAAGAUGAAGAUUUUCAGCCUAUACCAGGAGAGCCAGGAUUAUACUACAAGAGGCAUCUCAAUAAUCCCAUCGAUGUCUACGCUCGAAAGUAUUACACCAUGUUGCCUAAAACACAAAUUCUUAGGACUAUGCAAAAGCGAAAGCUAACGUAUCAAGAAGAACUGGAACAGCAUACCAUGGCUGUACAAACUCCAUUUUCGAACAAAGCCAGACCAGAUCAAGAUUCUAAUGAAAAAAUGGAUUAUGUUGGUAGACAGUUCCUGGCAGAGUUGGGUUUAUCACAAUGGCGAUCCAGAGAAUUUUGGGUAAUGUUCGUUAUGUUCAUAUUGGUAUUCUUUGCCAGAAUGUAUGCCCAUUACAUCGGGCAAUAUGUUUAUAUCAUUACAUGGCUAAGCAUAUUUCCGAGCAGGUUCGAAUUCAAGCCCUAUACUGUUACCUUAACCUAUCAAGAUUCCUUGCUGCAUACGCGUCAAGAGAUGUUAGUUGUUUUAUUUGGACCUGGGACCGACAUCGUUAUAUUUAUACUUUUGGUCAUUUCAAGUUGGGCAUCACAGCGUAUAUUUGGAAGCUUUCCAAGUUUAGGAUCUAAAUUUACUAUUGCCUUUGGUAUUGAAACUAUACUUGAUCCUCUCCUUAUCCUAAUUGUGGAUUGUGCUACCGGCCGAUUUUCAAGUAAAAUCGAACAAAUUGGCGGCAAUUAUGUCAAUGGAACUUUAAUUGGAUCAAAAUCAGUCGUAACACCUGUAGGCGAUGCAUUCAAGUUAUAUAAUCAUUUCCUCAACUUACAGCAGAGUGGUGCGGUCGGCAUAUUGCUGACUAGUUUCUUAUAUAUUUUCACCAUUUUCAUUGGAUGUGCUAUUUUAUACAUGUACUUUUUACGACUCCAUAAUAACGGUAGAAUGUUAGAUGUCUAUCAGCGUUUACAUGGCGGUCCUGGAGAUUUCUUCAUUCCCCAUGACCUUGAAAUCUCCAAUGAAGAAUUAAAUUUCAUCUGUAGAAAAGCAGAGAAAUGGAGAGGUGAAGAGGGUGAACGUAGAAAAGUUGCCGUUUACGAUUACGUUUGGGAAGAAGAGCAGAUGGAAGAGAAUGAAUGGGGAGAGGUAAUAGAAUCGACAGACAAGGGAAAGAGAGAAACUACAACUCAUUUGUCCAUUCAUUCGUUACAUUUGGAUGGACUCCGAGAGUUAUACAGGCAUUUUCUUAGACUACCAGACGGUGCUAUUGUAGAGGUAUUUGGCGAUAUGGGAAUUGUUGGAAUGGAUGAUAAAGUAAGACAAGCCAUACAGCGUGGUGCUCAAGAUGUUGAAAACUUACUUGGUUCACAGCCAAAUAUACGACAAUCGCAAGCUUCACUCCGAAGCCGCAAGAGUAGACCACCAUCUCGUGUAUCUCUUAGAAGCCAAACGGGUGAUAAUACAUCAAUGAAAGAUAUCCCACCCGUUUAA